GACCCAAUUUCGGACGCGUCGGGACCAUCCAAAGACGCGUCUCAACCAUCAUGUAUCAUAUCAACGGGGUCAACAACCCCAGUCAUUCUUUCGAGACUCUCAAGUUGCAUCUGGGAAGUUACAGCCUGGUCUUCGUAUAUUUCAGUUGACCUCUGCGUUGACUCAAAGUGGGUCUCGAAAGUAUUCAAUUGCCAUUGAAGAACUGACUGUCGUCUUAGCAAGUCAGAAGGCCUUUUGUAAAAUUGGAAAGACAUUCGACACGUAUGGAAUCUAUAAAAUCUCCUAAGGAAGCACUGGACGUCUUCCUCGGUCACGUUGGCAAAACAUGGCCAAUUUCGAAGAGGUUUCAUACUGAAGCGUUGGAUUACAAGUCAGAACUUCGAAACAUGGAGCGACUGGAGCGGGAAGUUUCCAAUGCUAUCUCUAACGCAUUUCGAGCUGCAAGCAGCACCCUCCGUGUGCAACGCAAUUGCGCGUGGUUUCCGUUACUGAGAGCGAGCACUCAAGAUCUCUCGUACAUAAUUUCGCGUCUGUUACUUGCGCUUGAGAAUCCGACCGAUAUAUGGACUCUUUCACAAGUUUGUGCGAAGAUGCGACAAGCCUGUCUCUCGGAUCCAAGUCUUUGGCGCCAUGUGGAUCUGACCAGGAUGUCUCCAAAACUUGCUACAGAAAUGAUUGCACGCGGCGGACACGAGGAGCUGAUCAUCGACCUGACGCAAACACCGUCCGGUGCUGUGGCCAAGAAGCCUGCACGACAUAGAUAUGGCGUGAGGCCGCACCCUCAGCCUUACGCAGAUCGAAACCGACAUGCAUUCAUUAAAGAUAACUCAGCAGCAAUACGAGAACUCCAUCUCACCGUUGAAGGCAUGCAAUCAUGCCUCGAGAACUUGAAGAUGCCUUCAUUAGAAACACUACAUGUCGAUUCGGAUGACAGGACGUCGGUCAAUUACUUGAUGGACGUUUUUGAACACGGCCAAAAUGGCGAUACGUGUUCCGAACGCAAGCCGUGCACCGAACAUGUACCCUGUAGGGAACACCAUCCCUGUCCUCGACUAAAGCAACUCUUCCUACAAGGAGUUUUGCUAAGUGGAUCGCCUGUGGCACUCGUUGGAUUGACGUCGCUAUCCAUUUCGUUGCCAGAACCUGUCGGCGACUGCAUUUCCACGUUGCUGAAGGCUUUGCCAAACCUGGAAGAUCUGGGUUUACAUGCCUCGACUUCAGGCAUGUUCCCUACGUUUCCUUCCACCGACCAAGACAAAUUUACUGUCUUCGCAAAGCUGAAAUGCCUUCACCUGGAGCUAGUAGCUUCAGACAUAUACAAUUUCCUCUCUUCUAUCCUGACCUCGGAAUCGCUCAUCCUGGAUUUGCAAGUAGGACGCCCACGCACUGGUAAAUUGUUUCCCUUGGACCGCCGAUGUCUCCCCUGCCUCAGUCAGGUACAAAAACUCUCGGUCCACAAGGAGGACGAUCUGGAUAGUCGCAUCUGUGGCUGUCGCUUAGUACCCCAGAGGGUGUGGUUUCAUCUUCCCGACCCAUUAUCACAGUAUCAUAUCCAUUGAGCGCAAUGGAGUUCGAUAAGGUGACCUUCAAUGUUGCCAGCGUGAUACGGCGUCUUCCGUUCCUAGAGCAACUCGAUUGGACCAAGGAUCACAGAUACACGGACCACGAUGUCAUUCAAAUACUCCACUCGUCUCGGUCCAUUCGCAAACUCGCACUUACAUCUGACGCGGCUCUCCCCGGAUUGACUAGUCAAUGCGCCCAUUCCCCCUUGCCAUUCUUCCCCGACAUUCGCGAAUUUAAGUUCAAACAACUUGGCCUCCACCGUGACUCUAGCAGAAAGCGGCUCAGGAAGUUCUGCCAAGCAUUCUCCACACGUCUGGACAAAAUGCACCUGUCGAAAUGCAUAUUUACUGACGCUGAUGAUGAGAAGACAUGCCUGAAUGAGUUAGGUGCAAUGGGUAUCGCACAUGUGAGAAGCACGGAUGCCAAGUUUUCGAACGAUAUACGAAAGCGAAUACUCGAUCUGGAGUCUGAACGCGUACCUUCUAGCAAGCGCAGAAGGAAUAGAUAUAUUUAGAUUGACCGUACAACAGCAUUUCGCUGCUGAUACGUACCAACCCUGCUGAUGUAGGAUUAUUUUCGGCCAUUUACUGAUUUAUCUAACACUUCAUUACUGCAGGGUGAUCGCGUAGUCUCGAGAAGAAUUUUUGGUUCGUGUUUUUGUGAAGUAAAGCACAUCGCAAAGGGCCUUCUGCGUUCUGUAGCUUCGCCUGAUAAUUGUCAAUUGACGGAGAUGGUGCGAGGCUCCUCAGUGUGAUUGUGCGACGAGCGUAGACCGUUAUGGAUAUCUGUAUAUUGAUACAUGAUGUAGUGCACAUAUGUCUAUUGAUACAAUGGAUUAUAUGAAGAAUAUCUUUCUGCGGAGGUU